AUUUUUAUGACUCUACUCGCACCUAUUGUACCUGUGUGUGACUGCGGAUUGCGAGAUUUUUGUUAUUUAUCUUAUCAGUCUUAUUACUAUUUUAUUGCGUAAUAACAUAGAUACAGGCUAUGUAAGUUAUGCGUUUUUUACUCAGACAUUUCGCUGUAUUCAGACAGGCAGUGCUACCAAAUAGGAAUAUUAGAUUGAGGCAUCCAUUUACAACAGCAUUGGUGUGGAGAGCAAUGGAAGAUAAGGAAGCCUUAAAGAAGCGCUUGACGCCGCUGCAGUAUCAUGUCACACAAGAAGCUGGAACAGAACGACCUUUUACAGGUUGCUUCAAUAAGUUUUAUGAUGAAGGAAUGUAUGUCUGUGUAGUAUGUAGGCAGGAACUAUUUACCUCCAAGAGUAAAUUUGACUCUGGUUGUGGCUGGCCAGCAUUCAAUGAUGUUUUAGCUAAGGAUAAGGUCACAUUGCAUCAAGACACUAGUGCAGUUGGAGCAAAUAUAUUACUGGUUUUAACACGGCCAGGUUUGGUGCGAACUGAGGUGCGAUGCUCGAAGUGCUCGGCUCACCUGGGGCAUGUGUUUGAUGAUGGACCAGCACCCACAAAGAAACGUUUUUGCAUUAAUUCUGCCUCGAUGGACUUCAUACCGGCUGAAGAGAGAAAGGACUAAAAUUUGAAAUUGUCUUGAAAAUUGUGAAUCCUUACGUAUAAGACUGGUCAACAAGAUUUUGUAUCAUCCUCAUAGUUGUAUUUACCAAGAGUCUUUAAGAUGUCGGAUGGAUAUCGAUUAGGUACUUUAUUAUCUAAAUCAUUGUUUAUUUAAAUAGACUUGUUAUCCUUCUUAUUUCACAAUUCGGUUGUCAGCAAUUGUUGGCAGCUAGAUGCUUUAAUUUUGUCCGUCGACCAGUUUAUUGCCGGCUGUUAAAAUGAUAUUAUUAACAUUCUAGAGUAUUAAAGUUUAUAUUUUUUGUACGGAUAUUAUUGCUUACAUUGUAAAAUAUUUCAAUCGUUUGUGGCUUUUUAACAAAAUAAUUUAUUAAGAAAUAAUAAUUUCAAUGUUUGGAUAGAUUUAAAUAUAUUUACUUUAUCCAAAUAAAUUAUAAAUAAUAGAAAGCAGCUUGCAUUUUUAGUUGUAGAAUAUUUAUAGUUAUGUGACUUUAAGGCAACUACUUAAUCGCCUAGUUACCAUAGGUACUCAGUCAUUAUUAUUUUAUUUGUUGUUGAUUUGUUUUGAAUAUUUUAACCGAUGUUCAAAACGUACAAAACUUUUUAUUUGUAUUUUAACUAUUUUGUUGCCAAGUUUGUUUAUAGAUUUAUUCUUAUGGAAAUAUUGUAAUAAAAUAUUUUUGUGUA